CGCAGGAUGGUCAAGCAAUGGACGCCGGAAGAGGACGGGUCUAAGAUGGCGGCCUCCACAGGUGCCAGGAAGAACCUCUCAUGUCAGCUAACGGAGCGGUGUGGCGGCGCGUGCGGAGCCGUUUCCGCGCUUUCCCGGAGCGCCUGGCGGCCUGCGAGGCCGAGGCCGUGGCGUACGGCAAGUGCGUGCAGGCCUCCACCACCCCGGGCGGCCGCCUGAGCAAGGACCUUUGUGCACAGGAGUUCGAGGCCCUGCGGAGCUGCUUUGUUGCCGCGGCCAAGAAGAGCCUGAAGGGAGGCUCCUAGGAAGGACCUGAGCUCUGGCCCCUGCAUCCACCACUCCAUGGGUGCGGCGCCCUGUGGGGGUGGUGCCUGUGGACCGCUCUGCAGGCUGAAGGAAGCGGUAGUGGCGAAGUUCUCAGGGUUUCGGUGUGUGUUUUCCUCAUCAACUUGCACCUUGGGAAGGACAGGAAUUUGUUUUCUAGCACUGUGUGCAGAAUAAUCUGAGUUAGAUUGAGAUGUAACCAAACCAGCAGUAAAGACUAUUAAAUCUUGCUCAGGUGUA